AUGGGGGCGCCGGCGAUGUCUCUGUCUCUGGCCGUGGUCAUCAACGCCGAAGAGAUGGCGGCGGGGCUCCAGUGCGGGUAUCUCUGCUUGAUGAGCGCGGCAAUGCCGGAUACGUGCGGGGUGGCCAUGCUCGUCCCCGACUGGAUAGCAAAGCUCUGCCCUGUUCAUGGCGGAUCGAAAAUCAGCCCCUGUGAAGGUGGGAGACGGGGAAAAGGUCUGGGCUUGUACAGCUAG